AUGGUAGAAGCUGAUGCACGUAUUAGGUUGUAUGAGCCUUCCGAUGACAAACUGGUCAAGUUCAGCAUCGGGAAGGCUUCAAUGGAGGGUCUCGCAGUCGCUAAUCAAAGUGCCUGUUUCCACCCAUUCACGCUGAGUGCUUGGGUGGCCUUAUCAUGCAUUAUGAUCCAACUGCUCGACUGGUGGCCUAAACCAGAGUAUGGGCUACUUGGGUAUUUACCACCUCUUCCAGCCUUUGGAUGUUGGGGAGCUGUUAUGCUGUACCUCAUAGAUUGGUUCAAUCGCCCGCAAUUCGAAGAUGCGUCCAUGGAUUUGUUGCGAAGACCAGAUGUUGCGGACAUUGCAAAACAUUAUCAGCGGUCUCCCUCCUCAGGCUUUUUCAUCCUUGAAUAUUCCGGAAAGUUUGUUGGUCUCAUAGCUAUCGACGCGUCCAAGGACUCUCAGUCGCAAGAUACGCUGAUGGAUAAGAAAAAGUUAUCUUCUUCGCUGCCUGCGAAGAAGUCUCAAGGAACAUCAUCCGUCGCUACAAUCCGUCACUUCUACAUCGACGAGCCGUAUAGAAAAGCAGGAAUUCAAGAGGACUUGCUCGCACACGCUGUACAACAUGCAUUCAAAGCGGAUAGCGCAGUCAAAGAGAUCAAGGCGACCACGACUUCCCUGAUAGCUUAUUCUCAAAAGUGCAUCCGCGACGCCGGGUUUGCGUUGGAAAAGCCUCUUGGCAAGUUGGGUGUUUAUGGGUGGAAGCUUGACCUAGUCGUUCUCCGGAGGGCAUAUUGGGAGAAACAAGCUGCCGGAACCGUGUUAUAA